ACCUAGUGACAAUUUCAGCUGCUUUAGCCAUUGGCUGUGCUGUUGAUUGGGGCAGAAGGACCGAGUCACCUUUCUGAUAGUGAGUUCUUCUGCAUCAGCUAAGGAUAAAGAGGAGCAGCAGGCUCAGGUGCAAGCAAUAAUUUUGAGAGAGAAUGUGAGAAAUAGUGACAGCAUCCUUGUAACUGCCUCACAGUAAAUAGGACUUCUGUAUCAAGCAGUUCACCGUAGCAGCUGAUAAGAAUGAACGUAGGUGAGAAACAUCGGUUUAUUGAUGUAGCAAGAGAAUUUUUUUUAAAAAGUAGUGAUUUUGUAACAGAUUAAGUUACUUAUAGACAGAGAGAAUGAACAACUGGCAAGUGUUUUGGGGAUGUUAUAAAAUCAAAAAGACCCUUCUGUACAGCAUGAUGGUACAUCUUGGAAAAUUAACUUCAAAAGAAUGCUUUCUAUCAAACUACUGCAUCAGAAGUGGAGAAAAUGCUUCUUUUCUAGUGAAUGAAAUUCCUUCAGAAGGAGCAGCGAAGACUAUCAAAAGCACCAGUGAGAUGUCAGUACUUUUAAAGGGACGUUAAACAAAUACUAAAAUAAUAUCUAAAUGACCUUGACAAAUCUUUUUAUUUGGAUUGAUUAAUUCUUGUCUGCCUCUUCAUUAUCUCAGGAAUUCUAGGAUUAAAGAUAUUUUUAGUAUUUCUGGGUUUUUUUAAAAGCAAGACUGUGUACAUUUAGUAACCUAGCUAAUGGUCCUUGCACUAAUCAAGCAGUUACUCAAAAAUGAAUACAGAAGAGGCUUUCUUUAACAUAUGGCUGCUCCAUAACUGCAAAUACAAUUAACAGGUAAUGUCCAGCUAUUAGAAGAUCUGGUUUUUAAAGCAGUGAUUUAUCAUGCUAAUCAUCUAAUAAAAACCGAAAGUCUGUGGCAGCCUAGAAGCUGAAGCUGAAUGACAGAAUAUUGGAGUAAGCAAUGGCAGCUUUUCUAGUCUGAUCAGCAUUUCAUUAGCUUCACAGCAGAAUGCAGAUGGAAGUUUCUGUUCUUGUUGUAUGGAGCUUGUGAAAGGAUUCAGGUGUUGCUACAAAGGUGAGAAAUACCAUGGAUAUACCUAUGAACUUCACUGUACUGAUCCACUGUAGCAGAUAUGGCAUUAUUUCUGAAGAAAAUUAUUUUUGAUUAUCACUGCUGAAAUGAAAUGCAAGAAGGAUUUGUUUUGUCUGUGAGGACCUUGGAUUAUGCUGCUGACAUUGAUAGUUGGAGUGGACCGUAACUGUUUAAAAGAGCUUUGAAUACUGACUUAAAGCUCCAAAAUUUAUUCUUACAUUUUUCUGAUUUUUAAGUGAGUACACAUGAUCUUCCUCAUUGUACAGGUAGAUUUAUGUUUUCCUUCCUGGAAGUCAGAGGACAAACCUAGCUUUCCCCAUACCCUUCUCCCUCCAAAUAAAAUUCAUUAUUCAUACACAAACUGUGGUGAGUCUAUUGGAAUUAACCUGGACAGAAAUGUUUUCCUUUCCUCUCUAAUGAAUAGGAUAGAUGAAGCAAAGAUCUCCUGAACGGAGCCAAAAGACACAGCACGAUACGGUGAACUUUUCCUUGGUUUUCCAGACAUUCUGUGAUUUAAUUAUUUAAAUGAACAUAAAGCAUUAAUUCAUUUCUAAAGAUUGCUGAUUCAGGAAACCUGUGUUGUAUUGAGACAUUUCUCUUUUUUUUAUUUGUAUUUUUUUAGCUAAUUCCAAAGAAACUGCCUUUCUCAGGAAAAAAACAAUCACAGAAUUUUUUUUGAAGCAGUUGACUUUUUCCUGUCCCCCCCCCUUCCUUUUUUUUGUUUUGUUUUUAUUUUCAUCUUCCACAAAUACAGUAAAAAGAACCUGUUUUCUUUAGAAGUGCCUUUUUUUUUUUUUUUGGUAAAGAUGGAGAGCACUGGAGGAAACUCAUCAGUGGCCUUUUUGGCUUUUUUUUUUCUUUCCUCAAAGCUAAGGUGUGUCAGAGCGUUGCAUUGAUGCUAAAGGGGCAUCAACAGCUAUGAGACUGUAACCUCCCUGAUAGAAGCACUGGCAGUGUCUACAAAGAGAGAUGAUGAGACUCUGAAACAGAGUUUAGCUGAUGUUGGGCAGGUCACCUGCUCACUGUAGCUCUGAUUGCAGUGUUCCCUAAUCCCAAACCAUGAACCACUCCAGAUGGACUGAAUGGAGGACUCUGAACAUGAGCAGUAUCAUUGUGAACGUGUCUGAGCAUCUCUCCUGUCCGCUAGGAUUUGGCCACUACAAUGCAGUCGACAUCUGCAUCCUUGAGACGGUUAUUAUUGUUUUGCUAACAUUUUUAAUUAUUGCUGGUAAUUUAACUGUAAUAUUUGUCUUUCACUGUGCUCCGCUCUUACAUCAUUAUACCACCAGCUGUUUUAUUCAGACUAUGGCCUAUGCUGAUCUUUUUGUUGGAGUUAGCUGCUUGGUUCCUACAUUAUCAUUGCUUCACUAUUCUACAGGUGUCCAUGAGUCCUUGACUUGUCAGGUUUUUGGAUAUAUCAUCUCUGUGCUGAAGAGUGUCUCCAUGGCAUGUCUUGCUUGCAUCAGUGUCGACCGCUAUCUUGCUAUUACAAAACCUCUCUCCUAUAAUCAACUGGUCACGCCUUGUCGCUUGAGAAUCUGUAUCAUUUUGAUCUGGAUAUACUCUUGUCUGAUCUUCUUACCUUCCUUUUUUGGUUGGGGAAAACCUGGUUACCAUGGUGAUAUUUUUGAAUGGUGUGCUACCUCCUGGCUCACCAAUGCCUAUUUUACUGGCUUUAUUGUGUGCUUACUGUAUGCUCCAGCUGCUUUGGUAAUAUGCUUCACAUAUUUCCACAUCUUCAAAAUUUGCCGGCAGCACACCAAAGAGAUAAAUGACCGGAGAGCUCGCUUUCCUAGCCAUGAAGUGGAUGCUGCGGGAGAGACUGGGCACAGCCCUGACCGCCGCUAUGCCAUGGUUUUAUUUCGGAUAACCAGUGUGUUUUACAUGCUUUGGCUCCCCUAUAUCAUAUACUUUCUGCUGGAGAGCUCUAGGGUGCUGGAAAAUCCAGCACUUUCCUUCUUAACAACAUGGCUUGCUAUAAGCAAUAGUUUCUGCAACUGUGUGAUAUAUAGCCUCUCCAACAGUGUUUUCAGGCUGGGACUCCGGAGACUGUCAGAGACAAUAUGUUCAUCUUGUAUGUGUUUAAAAGACAAGGAUGUACGGGACCCCAAACCUAGAAAACGGGCUAAUUCCUGCUCCAUUUAAAGAAAACUGGGACAACUAAUGAAAUGCAAUCUGACAUUGGGUUUGGAUAGCAUUUGUUACAUCUGGAAAUUUGCCACAACAGAAAUAUUUACUUGAAUAGUUCCUAGGACAUGAGAUGGGGUUUGCAAGUGAUUCGUAAUAAAGGAAAAGGUUGCUAUUAAAGGGCACUGAAAGGGUACACAAAUUAUAAUGAAUAUGGGUCUUGUGAAAUUGUGUGGUGGUAUGACGGAAAUUUAACAGAAGAUGAAAGAAAUCAAUAUCUCAUAUCUUCUGCAGGGCAUGAAAUAACUGGCACUUCAAAGCAGGCUCCCCCUUGAGAUAAAUUAGUGACCUAUUAAUUUUUUUCCUUUUAGAGAAAUUGUCAUAUACAGUAUUAUAUAUGUGGCAGGAUAUACAGUAGCCUCAAGCAUUAAAAUAUACUUUUUUAAACACGGUGAAUGGCUCUCCAUAAAUGAUAUCGACAGAGGAUGCAUAAUAAAUGUUGCAAUUUAACAAUCA